UAUAAACAUGAAACUGCCAUUCCACACCGUUUUAGGCCCAAUGCUGAAGACCAAUAUCAAACCGAUCAAAAGUCUAUGUCGAUACCCUCUUUUGAGAUUCUCGCCCAUUUACGUCGGAUGUUUAGGAAUCGUCGGACUCAUUUUGAGCGUUUUUGAUAUUAUCAGAAUUAUUCACUGUGGUCCGAUUUUGCCAGGUUACUUGCGUAGGAGUAAAAUUGGAACGCUCAUCACUCCACAAAUGGAACGGGAUUUUAAAUUAAUCUGUCUUGUCUGGUCCUUUGAAUACUACUCACUUUUGCUCAUCGGACUGCUAACUCAAAAUCCAAUAUUUUUUCUCCCGUUUUUGAUAUUAUACGCGGCGAUAGUGUUACUAGAGUUGGCGAUUUUCGCGAUGAGAAUCUUGUGCGACGGAAUCUGUUUCUCGAAAACCACUCUGAUCAUGUCGGUGUUCAUGAUAUUCAACUGGUUUUCAGUUUUUUGUACUUUUUUCCAAUCUAUGACCAGAUGCGAUUUAUAAGAAAACCAUCUGUAUUAUGUAACAAUAAUUCAUUAAAUUGUGACACUCUU